AUGGCUGUCGUCCACGAUAUGGUCGUCGGUCUCAACAAAGGCCACAAGGUCACCAAGAACGUCCAGCCUCCUCGACAGAACCGAAAGAAGGGCACAAACACCGCCAAGAACGUUUUCGUCCGAGAGGUUGUCCGUGAAGUUAUGGGCCUCUCCCCAUACGAGCGACGAGGAAUCGAAUUGCUCCGAAUCUCCAAGGACAAGCGAUGCCUUCGAUUCUUGAAGAAGCGACUCGGUGCCCACGUCCGAGCCAAGAGAAAGCGAGAAGAACUCUCUGACAUCAUCGCUUCCCAGCGAAAGGCUGCCAAGCACUAA